UCAAAAGAACCGAUUCGCUCAAGGAGUCGGAGUUCCGCGUGGGUCUGUGCGCGCUGACGGUGCUGUAUUCUCUCGAGCGCAUCAGCGGCGCAGCAUCAUUUCAACACAGUACCUUGAGAAGACGCGACACAAAAUGGCUUUGCGAAUUUAACGCUCGACCGAGGAGAAACAUUCACAGCACCUUCAGGAAUAUAGGACGCUCGUUGUUUUUCUGAAAUAAUUAAGAACAAACACAAGAAAUAAGCCUGGAAAUCAACGGCGGACAGUGGGGGGAAUCUGGGGACAGUCAUGGCGGGGGUGGGAGCCAGGGGGAGAAAGACGGGACUCCCGGGGUUCUGUUGGAAAACAUGCUAUUUCCACAUUCUCUUCUGGGUCGUGUCUGUUUGUGGAGAAGAGAGGACCUUCAUUGUUGAGACAUGGCUGAAGAACUAUGGCUACCUGCUCCCUCAUGACAUCCGGACGUCGGACCUGCGAUCGGAGAAAGCCAUGCAGUCGGCGGUCGCUGCCAUGCAGCGCUUUUAUGGUAUUCCAGUGACGGGAGUGCUUGAUCAAACCACCAUCGAGUGGAUGAGAAAACCUCGGUGUGGAGUCCCAGAUCACCCUCACAUCAGCCGACGGAGGAGAAAUAAACGCUAUGCCCUCACUGGUCAGAAAUGGAGGGAGAAAAAGAUCACAUACAGCAUACAUAAUUUCACCCCCAAAGUUGGUGAGAAAGACACCCAGAGGGCCAUUCGCCAUGCCUUCGACGUCUGGCAGACAGUGACCCCGCUGACCUUUCAGGAAGUGGCCUACUCUGAGAUCAAGAACGAGGGUAAAGAGGCGGACAUCAUGAUCUUCUUUGCCUCUGGUUUCCAUGGUGACAGUUCUCCUUUUGAUGGAGAGGGAGGUUUUUUAGCUCAUGCAUAUUUUCCCGGUCCUGGAAUUGGCGGAGACACACACUUUGACUCUGAUGAGCCCUGGACAUUAGGAAACGCCAAUCAUGACGGCAAUGACCUUUUCCUGGUGGCCGUGCAUGAGUUGGGACAUGCGUUGGGUCUGGAACAUUCCAACGACCCCAGUGCGAUCAUGGCCCCCUUCUACCAGUACAUGGACACGCACAACUUCAAACUGCCUCUAGACGACCUUCAGGGGAUCCAGAAAAUCUAUGGUAUUCCCACAGCCAUGCUGGAGCCCACCCGACCUCUUCCUACUCUACCUGCACGACGCACACACCCCACCUCUGAGAGGAAACAUCGCCCCGCUCGCCCACCCUCUGGAGAUCGGCCGUCCUCACCCGGAAAUGGAAGACCUAACAUCUGCGAUGGCAACUUCAACACUGUGGCCUUCUUUCGACGGGAGAUGUUUGUUUUUAAGGAUCGCUGGUUCUGGCGUUUGCGCAACAACAAAGUUCAGGAAGGCUAUCCCAUGUUGAUAGAGCAGUUCUGGAAGGGUCUGCCUCCUCGCAUUGACGCUGCUUACGAGAGAUCAGAUGGCAAAUUUGUGUUCUUCAAAGGGGAUAAAUACUGGGUCUUCAAGGAGGUUACAGCAGAGCCCGGGUAUCCUCACAGCCUGGUAGAGCUGGGCAACUGUCUGCCCCGUGAUGGCAUCGACACAGCCUUACGCUGGGAACCUGUGGGCAAAACGUACUUCUUCAAGGGUGACCAGUACUGGCGUUACAAUGAGGAGAAGCGUACGGCUGACCCAGGCUAUCCCAAACCCAUCAGUGUCUGGAAGGGCAUCCCUGAUGCACCACAAGGAGCCUUCAUCAGUCGAGAAGGAUUUUAUACCUACUUUUACAAAGGAAAGGAUUACUGGAAGUUCGAUAACCAGAAGUUAACGGUGGAGCCAGGCUACCCAAAAUCAAUCCUCAAAGACUGGAUGGGCUGCGAUCAAUCAGAAGUAGAAAAGAACAAGGACCGUCACCUCCCUCACGAUGACGUUGACAUCAUGGUCGCCAUUAAUGACGUACCCAGCACUGUAAACGCAAUCGCUGUGGUCAUCCCAUGCAUCCUCUCACUGUGCAUUUUGGUCCUUGUAUAUACUAUCUUCCAGUUCAAGAACAAAAAUGUCCAACAGCACGUGACCUACUACAAACACCCCGUACAGGAGUGGGUAUGACGGACCGGGGGCACAAUGGACCCCAAACGCUGGAGAACAUAAGUGAGGGCUACUAUGCUGAGGUUUGAACAGUGCCUGUUUUCAGAACAACCUUGUCCCAGAACGGGAACAAAAGACGAGGAAAGGGAGUAUCCUCUUCCUUUUCGGCUUGAGACAGAACUUUCCAUCCAAAUUGCAAUUUUUUAGCAUAAGCCCAAUGGAAAAAACUUCUGGCUAUUGAACAUUUAAAGUUGUGUGCUGGCCUUAUGCUAACCAGGUCAAGUCUUAACGGUGGAGGAACCAUCACUCCAAUUUGACCGAGACCACCAUCACGUUCUCUUCUCCCGGAGAGAGAGAGAGGAAAUGCAGAUUUGCUAAAUGCCAGCAAAUCUUUGUCCCGUUGUCAACAUAAACUUGUACAUGAAUUUCAAGUGUUACAAAACGAAACAAGCAAAACGACAAAAAAUAACUUGAAAACUAUGUAGGUAGAAAGGCCAUAGAAAAGAAUACCAAGGAUUUCUUGCAGUCUUUUGUCAUUUACUGGGUAAAAGGUUCACCGCUGGCACUCCUUGAAGACUUCAACAUGCUUAUUAUUGGCGGUUAGGAGGCAGUUUCAAACUAAUUAGCUUCAUAACAUCAAUCUGAAUGUUUGUUUGUGUCCUUUCCUCACCUGCCUACCCAUUUCCACAGAGUAGGAAGAAUGAUUUAUAAUAACUAGGGCAGUCUUAACACCUACUCCCACUCGAUACUGAACUCUAUUCCUUUUCUUCUUUUGCUGUUUUUAUCAGUCGGCAACAAAAGAGGAUCUCUUUUUGAUGGCAUUAGGUCUUUAUAGGAGAGUAAUUUUGUGUCAAAAUAGGUCUGAUUUCUUGCAAUCUCUAUAUUUUGCUUUCAAUAGGUCAUGUUUCCAACCAUCUUUGCACGACUCCUGCUAUGACCUUACCUUUUCACCAAGUGUAAUAUUUGAAACACUGGUGCCAGGCAGGAACAUGAACAAUGAACACAUCUGAAUAUGAAAUAGCUUUGUUACCGUUGCCUACCGAAGAUGAUCUCUCAACGGUUCAUCCAUCCUCUUCAAAUGAACGUAAUAUGCUGUAUGUCUUACAUUGAAGUGACUUCAGUUUCAUGUGUUCGGUGUGGAUUGUCUAACACUUAGCUCAAAAAUGUCUGUCGGGUGCUUUUAUUGGUUCGACUGUGCUAUUUAACAGUGAAGUGUGUCUGACUGUACCAUAUUAACACAUCUCUUUGUGCUCAUCUGUUGUGGGAAUUGAUCUGAUACACUGCACAUCGGAAGGAGCUGAGAUGAAAUUGAUGUUUUUGGAAUUUCAAAUGGAACUUUUUGGACAAGCUUCAGGCGUAUAUGUAGAUUAGAAAAGAUUUGUAGCAUCUUAAUCACAAUAUUAAGAUGGUAGUUUUGGCGAGACUCCCUAUAAGGCUUCACUUAACACAGUUUACCAUUUAACAUUGGGGUUUCACUGAUAUUUUUGCCUUAACACAUUUAAGUUGCAUGUUAUAAAAUCCAUUUAAUUUUUCUCUGUUGAAUGAGCAUUUUUAGCUACAAAAAAAGCCAUUUUUUAUUUAUUUCGCAGAGAAUCGUGUACAUAUUGUAAUCACAGUUCAAAGGAGCAUGAAUCGGCAACAGAAACUACCUGGCAUAUACUUUUAUGCUUCAAAUGUGUCUCCACCAAUGGUUUGUGCAUCUAUUCAAAUUUCAUCAUAUUUUUACAAUGACUGGCUUCAAUGGCAUGUUUGUGACCUGACGUCACUUCUGUAGUGGCCAUAUAUACAUCUGCCCAAAGGAUCGACUACUUAAGAGAUAAUAAUUUUGUUAAUACAUUCAACCAACAUGAAUGUUUUCUGAAUAGUCUCAGUAGUCUGUUGAAGGUUUUGUGGGCAUGAGAGUUUUCUCUCUAAAUCUUUGUCUUCCAAAGUAACAUUGUACCCUCUUUGUGUGUUUAUGUGGUCUUCUUAAAGCUUUUGGGCCUUCUUUAUAGGGAAUCCAUCACAUAACCACUGAUUCGAAUAACAAAAAAAGAGCAAACUUUUAGUGCGAUCAUGCAACUAUGUACUUUAAUGCACAUAGCAAAAACUGGCAUAUGUGGAAUAAUUUUAGCCUGAACUCUCAAUUAUUUGUUCACAUGCAAGACUGAACAAUUCAUCCACACACUUUUCGGCAUCUCUUAAUGACUUAUAUGGAAGGCUGGUUUUGCCUCAGAGUAAAAAAUAAAUAAAUAAAUAAAUUAAAAAAAGUUAAUUGUGACUUAAAUCUCACAUUUGUGUCUGUAUUUUUAACUUUGUAUUUCCCAUUAGUGUCUUCAUAAUUGGCUUCAAAGUGAUUUUAUAGCUCACAAUUGGGAAUCACAUUUGCAAAUUUAUAUUUUGCAAUUGCACCUUUAUAUUUCACAGACUUUAUCUCUCAAAAUGUGAUUUUUGAAUUAAAUCUCACGAUUACUUUUUUCGUUUUUAAUCUAAGCCAGAACCAGGCUUCCUUGGACUAGUGGCAAGAAACUCCAUCACAAAAAAUUAGGGAUGUAACAUGAAACAGUGAUAGUAUCAAAUCUAUUUGUCAUAGUACAUUGAUAUGUGCCAUGUAAUGAUAUUAUUAUCCAUAUUUGCAUGGCACUUCAUGCCCAGAAGUAUUACCAUUGUGCUCUUUGGUUAAAAGGAUGCUUGGUGUGACAAUGCUUUUUGACAUUGCUUUGCAUUGACUAUAGAAUGUUUUAUUACAUGGUGGUAAAAAUUUAUAAUUAGCCUGGUGUUUUGGUCAGAUUAGCUCAAUGCAGUAAUACUGUGGAGGGGUUACGUGACUGUGCCCCUUUAAGACAUUGUGCCUUGUCUUGAAGUCUGCUAUGGCACACUGAACACUGCUCAUUAACAUUGAUUUCCACCUCAUCGUUAUUUCAACAGUGGCUACAUGAAUACAUACCUUGAUAUAUUAUUCAAUGCCUUUAAUAAGUGAAAACAAGGUGUUACCAUUUAUUUUUGUUACCCUCCUUCUCAUAUAUAAUUUUUUUGGAUCUGAUAUGCGAGCAGCUUUGUCGUGGGUAGAGAAGUGGCAUGAAACUAGAGCAGAUUUUACAUGUUUGUGCCCACUUGGGAAAGACUUGAUGUUAUUGUCUCUCAGAUAAGCAUUUUUAUUAGUCAGCUCCAAAUCUAGAGCACCUGCUUGCAAUAACAAGCAAUGUGGCUGUGAAGUUAUCUAAUGUCUCGGGUACAGGAAGUACUGGGUGGGAGUAUUUUUAAUGGAACACACUGUGCAUCACCAAUUGUCUUCCUCAACUCUGAAUCUGUCCGAUGGGCUGUUAAUGGUACAAAAAGACGGCAAACCACUUGGUCCGAUAAGUCAUGGACUGAAUUUGACAAUGUGGCACAAUAGUGUGUUCCAUACUUAAGAGGCUUUGUGUGUUUAUUAUGUAUGCCUGACAUCUUAUAUAGCAAAUGCUCAGAGUGUUAAAUUAUAUUCUUUAUCUAUAUGAGGAUGGCUUGUGACGGAAGAAAACAUGUGGCAAUGCUACAGAAGUUACUCUUUUGUUAAAAUGUUCAAUUUAUUUGAAGAAUAAUGGAUAAACACAAGGGGUAUUUACGCAUGGUCAUACUGCCAUUAACAUAAAGGUGUUUCAAAAUGCAUAAAAAUCAGACUAUAAACUUUCUCCCGAAUUAUAUGCAAACACAAAAUUGUUUACGUCCAUAGGUUUCUGUACAAUAUAUUUGCCUGGUUUGGCAAAUUAACAUUAUGGGGAUUGCAUCUAGGAUGACCAACAUUUACAGAUAUGACCUUUACCCUUGUAUGUAAUUGAGACCAUUUCUAGAAUAUCAGUUUCAGAUGCCUCUUUGAGGGCAUUAAUACUUUCAUGCAUUACUAAAAAUGCAUGACGUGACCAUGACUUUUCUUUGAAUCUUAACUAAUCACUUAAAUAUUCCUUUGUGAAAAAAAUAACAGGACAUUUAAGUUGCUGAACAUGCCAUUUCAUGAGGAAUUCUGAAGCAAAGCCAGCAUUAUGUGUAUAUAUUAACACACUGAACAUUCAGCUGUGUCUGAGAUGAAAUGUUUAACGGAACUAAAGUGUAUUUAUCAAAGGUGGAUAUCUUUAGAAAUGUUUGUCGUAGGGUCAAGUGAAAGGUUUGUAACAAUAGAGGCUUAUCAUAUGAAAAGCUAUUUAUUUAUCAUUAAUGGGUAUUCUACACAGUUUAAUUUGAAAUCGAGGUGAAGCCAUGCCUAUAACCACAUUAGUUGCACAGAAGAAAUAAAUAAAUACAGAACUGUACAGGGAGAUACAUAAAUAGGAAUUCUCUGGUAAUUUGCCUCUUUUUAAUGGGUAUGAUCGUGGCUUUGGACAACAGUCACUUUUAACCCGAGCUGCUGUUGCCUUUUGUUUUUUAUGGUCCUUUUAUGAGACUAACAAUAGGACAAACAUAUCAGAGGAAGUCAAGGAACCAACUGUAUUUAUGCUUUUUAAUUAAUUACAGCGGGUUAAUUUUAAUGGAGAUUUUAUCUGAGAUAGCUUUAAAGAUUUUUGCUUUGUUUUUUUAUUAUGAUUUUUUUCUUGACUGACCGUGGGGGAAUUUCAACUGUAUUCCUGUACAUAACUGGUUCUUUUUUCCCUUUGACAAGAAUUUAAAAGAGUGAACGUCUCACUCUGCGGUUUAAAUAAAUUCAGAUUCUGUCCUUGCAAUUUUGAUAUUUUCUGACAGGUCUAAUGUCGCUGUCUGCUCAGCCUCGUCCAGGUUUUAAUGGUCAUGUAAAUACAAAGAUUUACUGAAACUUUUCAGACCUUUUGUAUUUUUCUUUCGCUCUAACGGUAGCCUAUGAUUUCACAUUGUCAUGCAUAAUGUUGAUUAUUAAGAAUGAGAGUGAUCUUAAACUGAGUGAUUUACUAAUAAGUUUUAUUUCUUAAAUCCUGUUUUUAAUUCUAUAAACAAUGAGUCGAUUUGAGUUCGGUUUCAGUCUACAGUUUUACACUGUGUAUCUCUAAUAUCACCAUGUUCUAAGAAAUGUCAAUAAAAUAAAAUGACAAAAUUGCCAAGCA